AAGAGUUGAGUUUUAAAUUGUGCUGCAUUUUAGUAAUAAAUUGUGCUGCAUUUUAGUAAUAAAUUGUGCUAGAAAACUAAUUUAUGAACUUCCUGUACGAUUAAUUUAAAUUUGUUUUGUUCUUUAUAUGUAAUAUUUUAAAUAUAUUAAGUAUUUUGUGGAUUUACAAUGGUGGAUGAUGAUGUCGAUAUGUGCGAAAACGAAAGUUUGCUAAAUAAUAAUAAAAAUUUAAAUAUGGAAUCGUGCUUUGCUGUAGGGAAAGAAAUAGAAUCCGUAUUGUCUAAGUUCGAACAUUUAAGCGAACAAGCAAAAAUUAUGCUCGCAGACAUGUCGUCGCAGCUAGAGAAUCUGAACAAAGAUAUUCAAGAAGCUCCUCCUUAUAUGCUGCUGACACCAGCGCAAUCAACAAUGAUAAAGCAAAUUUUAGACAGGGUGAAAGAGAAUCUAUUUCGCUUAACUGCUGAUCAUAAGGACCUUCAUGGUAAUGUGAGUAAGGUUGGAAAAUCUAUUGAUCGAAAUUUUAUAUCAGAUUACUCUACUACAGAUCGUGAAGAUGUGUUUAGGGACCCCAAAAAUACAGUAUUGUUAAACCGAAUUAUAAUUCAACAUCUUCAAUAUAAGGGAAUGGAUGAAAUUGCAGACACAUUUGUAAAUGAAUGUGGUAUGCCUAAAGAAAUAGAAACCGUACAUGAAUCAUAUAAUGAAAUUAGAUCAAUAUUAAGUGGCAUCCAGAAGCACAACAUUGAACCUGCUUUAAAUUGGGCAAUCACACAUAGUGCCAUUCUUGAAGCCAAAAACUCUUCCUUAGAGUUCAAGUUGCAUCGUUUGGCAUUUUUGCAAGUGAUAGCACGUGGGGUGGAUUGUCAGAUAGAUGCAAUCAAAUAUGCACGAUUGUAUUUUCAUAAGUUUGUAAAAAAAUUUUCUCGAGACAUUCAGAUGCUUAUGGGAAUGUUGAUGUAUUUACCUCAUGGUUUGAAGCACUCGCCUUAUAGUCAUUUACUAUUGCCAGAGCUGUGGAUUGAGGCAGCUCAUUGCUUUGUUCAUGAUGCUUGCAGUGUUUUAGGAUUAAAUGCUGAAAGCCCAUUAACUUUAUCUAUUAAUGCUGGUUGCACGGCUUUGCCAGCUUUACAGAAUAUAAAGCAAGUAAUGCAAUCUAGACAAGUGCUUGGGAUAUGGAAUGGAAGAGAUGAAUUGCCAAUAGAAAUUGAUUUAGGACCUGAUAAUCGUUAUCACUCGGUGUUUGCUUGCCCUAUUCUGAGACAGCAAAGUACAGAGGAGAAUCCUCCAAUGAAAUUAGUUUGUGGACAUGUCAUUUCACGUGAUGCAUUAAAUAAACUAUGCAAUGGUUCAAAAUUGAAGUGCCCCUAUUGUCCAAUGGAACAGUCGCCAUCUGAUGCAAGGCUGGUUUUCUUUUAGUUUUAUUUGCUGUUGUUUCCAGUGCUAUUUAUUCUUAAUUAA